UCUUUUCUCUAUCAACAAACCCGCCAAAAUCGCAUCCCAAUCUCCAGAAAGAAUAGCAGCACUCUCUCUCAUAUCAAAAAUGUCCUCUCUCGACCUCUGCACAUCUUCUCUCUCUAAAACUCUCUCUCUCCUCUCACCCAUAUCCAGGGCUCCUACCUCCUUUCUCUCUCCACCUCCUCCUCGCUUCUCUCUCUUCAACCACUCCCAUUCCCUUUCUGUCGGUACCGCCAACCACCACCGCCUCCUCAAUCUUCUUCGCCGCGUUUCUCAGCCAUCCGCCGGUGAACUCGCUGGCGCACAUGACGACGCCGCUGAAGAAAUUGAAGACUCCUCCGGCUGUGGUGAUGAGGAGGAGGAGGUUGACGAUGGAACUUAUGCAAUCGAUGUGGAAGCGCUCGAAGAAGAAGCACGAGAGGCCGUUCGAGAGUACUCCCUUUCUUUGUCUCGCGAAUUGAGAAUCGAAGAUGAAACAAAUAUUCAGAAGGAAACUCGUGGAAGGCAGCUGAGGUGUAAGAGUACCAUUAGAAAUAUCCCUGAUUGUCUUCUUCCAAAGGUUGCCAUUGUUGGAAGGCCAAAUGUUGGUAAAUCAGCAUUAUUUAAUCGGCUGGUUGGGGGUAACAAAGCAAUUGUGGUGGAUGAACCUGGGGUCACCAGGGAUCGCUUGUACGGUAGAUCCUUUUGGGGGGAAUAUGAAUUUAUGGUUGUUGAUACGGGCGGUGUUCUAUCAAUCUCCAAGUCUCAGGCUGAGGUUAUGGAAGAAUUGGCCAUCACGACAACCAUUGGAAUGGAGGGGAUUCCACUUGCCACCAGGGAGGCAGCUGUUGCCAGGAUGCCCUCAAUGAUUGAGAGACAAGCUGCUGUAGCUGUGGAGGAGUCUUCAGUCAUUAUAUUUCUUGUUGAUGGCCAGGCAGGUCUAACAGCAGCUGAUGUGGAAAUAGCAGACUGGCUGCGGAAGAACUUCUCACACAAGUGUAUCAUUCUUGCUGUAAACAAGUGUGAAUCUCCACGUAAAGGAAUUAUGCAAGCAUCAGAAUUCUGGUCAUUGGGGUUACAACCACUUCCUGUAUCUGCUCUUUCGGGGACUGGAACGGGAGUGCUUCUCGAUCUUGUUUGUUCGGGGCUGAGAAAAAUCGAGGCUCCAGGGAAUCUUGAUGAAGAAACCUAUGUUCCUGCAAUUGCUAUUGUUGGACGACCAAAUGUUGGUAAAAGUAGCAUUUUGAAUGCUUUAGUUGGAGAGGACAGAACAAUUGUCAGUCCAAUCAGUGGUACCACUCGUGAUGCUAUUGACACCGAAUUUACUGCACCAGAUGGCCAGAAAUUCCGGCUUAUUGAUACUGCUGGAAUUAGAAGAAGGGCUGUAGUAGCUUCAUCAGGUAGCACAACAGAGGCUUUAUCUGUUAACCGAGCAUUUCGUGCCGUUCGUCGUUCUGAUGUUGUAGCACUUGUCAUUGAAGCCAUGGCCUGUAUCACAGAACAGGAUUGGAGGAUUGCUGAAAGGAUAGAAAGAGAGGGUAAGGGUUGCCUAAUUGUAGUAAACAAGUGGGAUACUAUACCAAAUAAAAAUCAACAAACUGCGACAUAUUAUGAGCAAGACGUCAGGGAUAAGCUCCGCAUUCUUGGAUGGGCACCUAUUGUUUACUCAACUGCAAUAGCUGGGCAUAGCGUUGAGAAGAUCCUUGUUGCUGCUAGUAUUGUUGAAAAGGAGAGAUCAAGACGGCUAACAACUUCAAUAAUAAAUCAAGUGGUACGAGAGGCUGUAGCUUUUAAAUCACCUCCAAGGACCCGAGGUGGCAAGAGAGGACGUGUUUAUUACUGCACUCAGGCAGCUAUUAGGCCACCCACGUUUGUUUUCUUUGUGAAUGAUGCAAAACUUUUCCCAGAGACAUACAGACGUUAUAUGGAGAAGCAACUGCGAUCAGAUGCUGGGUUUUCUGGGACACCUAUUCGUCUCUUGUGGCGCAGCAGAAGAAAAAUGACAAAAGAUGACGGUCGGUAUGAAGAGCUAAUAUUGCCACAAGUCACUGAUGGCAGGGUUUCAACAACAAAAACACAAGCAAAUCUCACAUUGCGGGAUAACAAAUUGUCAAUAAUAGCUACAUGAAUCGAUACAAUGUUUUUGACAUCUAAAACAUCAGCUGGGAUCGAUAUUUGUCCACGUACGGGAGCUUCAUUUUCGGCUAGAAGUUACCGAAACCAACCCACAGUGUGAAAACUUCUGAUUAUCAGUCCUGAAGGGGAGAUAUGUGAGCUGCUGUUUAUUGGUAAAAAUCUAUUUGUUCUCCCUCUCUCUCUCUCUCUCUCUCUCUCAUUAUGAGUGACACAAGCUUUGCACGAAACUAACCAAUGAUGUGUGGAAAGGUGAGAAAGAUACUAUACUUCAAUUUUGAUGAUAAUCUAGUUUAUUUUUUCUUCAAGUUUUGGUCCCCAAUUUUUAAUGAUAAUCUAUCCAUUAUAUGUACUAUCUGCCUAACUAAUAAAUAAGCAUCAAGGUGGUUGGAAGUUGUAAAAUGAUGUGAGGCAUACCUUGUUUGGCUGUUCUUUUAUGAUAUCUUUAUUUGUCUAAAAUAUGAAGAAAAAAAAAAUGUCGGUGGUUUUGUUAUAACUUGAA